AAUUUUUGCAACGAUAAAAUGUUCAAAGAUUCAAUUUUCAGUUCCUUAUUGGUUGGCCUCUGGCUCCUUAUGAGCCUCAGUUCCAGUGUCACAUCUGCCACAACCCAAGAAUCAAAAUCCUCAACGCGCCAGGUAGAAUGUGGCACUAGUUGGUCAACUAUAGACACCUACAAGAACCCCCUCUAUGUUUCUUGUGGAGACGAAAAGGGGAUCAACACCUGCGACGACACAACUUGUCACAUGGGUGGGCCGAAAGGUAACGCUGAUAGUAACCCAAUGAACCACGAGCUCUUCUUUGAUCAAUGUGCCAAAAUUGAUCACCAAGGCAAAGAACUCACCAAGCCAAUCUACCGGAUUUUCCCCAGGACUUACAAAGUCAGCGAACGAGACAACAUCAUGGUAGCUUACGGCUUCGCUCCUAGUGAAUCCAGUUACGCACCCUCAUUUUUCAAAUGUCGUUACGACCAAGCCUCUGGUCUCAACGUUCGCAGAGUUUGGUGCGAUUCGUGCUUCCCCAAACAAGCCCAUCAAUAAACUUGGCGCCUAGGCUUUUAUUGCUUUCACUUUCACUUUCCCAUUCCUUGACUCGAUAUCCUCACACAAAUCUAAACACGAAAAGUAAAUAAAUAAACGCUCCACACCAAGAAAAAAAAGAGUGAAAACAAGCCGUGUAUCGCGAAUGUUGGCU